ACUUUGAGCACAGGAAAAACCUCAAGCUGGGGCAAAAAUGUAGCAGAGCGGAAGGAGAAGUUAAGGACUGAGCUGCUUUGCAGAUCAGUGUUUGAAAGUGAACAGCCAACCUAACAAGAAGCAAAAACCACAGAACAGAGAACCACAUUGUCUUUCUGUUCACUUCGUUUCACAAAAUCAUCCAGGAUCUUCCUAUGUUUCUCUCUCUCUACCUUUCUCUCUCUCUCUUCUUUUUUUUUUUAAUUUCACAGAUACCACUGGGGUAGGUAAACUGACCCAACUUUGCAGAACUCAGAGGACGAAGAGAAGACUUCUACUUGAGCAGUUUUUCCAUCCCUGCUAUGUGCAGGAAAUGAAGACAUUGCCUGCCAUGCUCGGAAUUGGGAAAUUAUUUGGGGUCUUCUUCCUAAUCCCAUAUCUGAACAUCUGGAGAAUCCAUGGGACAGAAUCAUGUGAUGUACAGCUUUACAUAAAGAGACAAUCUGCAUACUCGGUCUUAGCAGGAAAACCCUUUAACCUGCAAUGCCCUGUGAAAUACUGUGCUCACAGGCCUCAUGUGACUUGGUGCAAGCUCAAUGGAACAAAAUGUUUACCACUUGAAGAUGGACUUCAGCGACACACAAGUUGGAAAGAAGAGAAGAACAUUUCAUAUUUUAUUUUACAUUUUGAACAAGUGCUUCCUAGUGACAGUGGGUCAUACCGCUGUUCUGCACAUUUUUCAUUUCAUCUCAUUGAAAGCCACUCAACAACUCUUUCUGUGAGAGAUGUAAACAGUACCUCGGAACGACCCUCCAAGGAUGAAAUGGCCGACAGACCAUGGCUCCUGUAUAGGUUACUUCCUUUGGGGGCAUUGCCUCUACUCAUCAUUACCUGUUGUUUCCUCUUCUGCCUGAGAAGGCACCAAGGAAAGCAAAAUGAACUUUCUGACACAGCAGGAAAGGAAAUUAUCCUGGUUGAUGUUCCCUUUAGAAGUGAGAAAACAGAAGCAAGCACCAGGCAAAAUUCCCAAGUAUUGCUAUCGGAAAGCGGAAUUUAUGAUAAUGACCCUGACCUUUGUUUCAGGAUGCAGGAAGGGUCUGAAGUUUAUUCUAAUUCAUGCCUGGAAGAAAACAAACCGUGCAUUGUUUAUGCUUCCCUGAACCAUUCCGUCAUUGGAGUGAACUCAAGACACGCAAGACCUGCGAAAGAAGCACCAACAGAAUAUGCAUCCAUAUGUGUGAGGAGCUAAGUCUAUUUCUGACUCCAACAGGGGGCAUUGAAUGACCUGCGUGUCAACAUCAUUGUCUGGGCCCAACAGGCUGCCAAAUAAUAUUUCUCACUUUGAGAAUUUUUACUUUAAAAAUGUUCAUGUUAGUGCUUGGGUCUUAAGGGCAAUAGGACAAAUGAUUAAAAUUUCUCCCAGAAACUUAUUUGGGAGCUUUUUAUAUUAUAACCUUGAACAAGAAAAUCUCUCCAAAACUGAUUGAUAUCAUGAGUAGCAGAAUAGUAGAACAUUUAAACUUAGCUCCAAUUCACCCAAUAUACAAACUCAAUCUUGCUUUUGAAGCUAUUGGAAAGACUUGUAGGGAAAAGAGGUUUGUGUUAUCUGGAUCAGUUUACUACACACUCUUGAAAACAAAAUGUCCCAAUUUGACUAACCAACCAUAAAUACAGUAAUGAUUUUAUAUUUCAAGUCAAUCUUUCAUGAUAAGAAAUGUUUCCUCUGUCAAUCUAAGAAUGGUGUUUCUUAAAUGCAAAGGAGAAAUCAUUUUAGACUUGAUGUAAGAAAAUGAAAGGAAUAAAUGGUGCAAUAAAAAUAUAGAAUAUACCAACUAGAUGCAGAAUAGAUGUUCCCCGUACCUGGCAAGCAAAUGCUUGUAUCUACUCCGUGAGAUUGAUAGACAAAUAUGAGUAUUAGUGGAGCAGUCAACGUAUAGUACAUUGAUGAAUAAAGUAGUGACUCACUGUUUGGGUCACAUAGACUGAUGGAUAAGAAUGUGACAUAAUGCUGCUGAAUUGAUAGACUUGUGGGCAUCCGAAUAGCUUAGAAGUUAGUCAGAAUAGGUAUUAUUGGGCAAGUGAAGACUGAUAGCUUAAACUGCUUCAUGCUUGACUUGAUAGCAAGUUAAAGUGCAAUUAAUGGAAUGGAGGAAAACCCAGAAUAUUUAAUUGGUCAGCUGGGGUCAAUACGCUCUCAUUCACCACAUCUGCUUCUUGCUGUUAUUCUUACUAAGGAAUCAGGGCAAAUUAUCUGUAGUGACAUAUUUUAGUUUGCUAAUCAUUUAUUUUAAAAUACUGAGGUUGCAGCCACUUAAGAGCACAGCAAAAGAUGGAUUCCAAUAUUUGGAAUUUCCAAAGUACUUGAGUUAAAUUAUUUCAAAAAUAGCCUAUAACUUUAUUCAACAGUUUGAGGCGGUUAGAAUUCUCAGGUGCUGCUACUGAAUAAUGUAAUAGUCUUUAUACAAAGUGGGUAGCAAAAGUUAAAAUCCACUUGAACAAAUAUGUGAGCUGAGCUGCUGCACAAAUGAAUGUGAUCUCUGUGUGUGUGUGUUUGUGUGUGUGUGUGUGCGUGCCUGUGUGUGUGGUGUAUAUUUUAGGUGGGGUGGGUGACAACAGAAAUGGUGCAUGAUCAAGUUGAUAGUACAUUUUCAGUUUCCUUUUGAAGCUCAAAAUACUAGAUUAAAUGUGUCAUUAAAGAAAAUAAUGUGUGAAAUUAUGGAGUGGAGAGUGUAAGUGGGGUAAACAUAUAGGAAGACAAAACCGGGGUUUUGUGGUGGAGAGAGUUUCUUAUAUAACACUGGCAUUACGUUUUAGCUCCUUAGAUCUGGGAGUGCAGAUACUCUUUUGAGUCACUGUUAUUUAGCCAAUGACACCUAGAAUUUUAAGCAACCACUUCUAGAUAGGCUCUUUUAGGCAGGCUGCACUUGUGGACGACUUAUGUAAGAAAGACAUAUUAGAAUAGCUGCUUGUGGUAUUCUUAAAAAUAGAAACAGGAAAUAUGGGGAGGAUACAUUUAGCUGUCCUCUUAUCAGAUGAACACACAAAGCUGAACAGUUCCUUUCAUGAUUCUCUCAAACUUAAAAGCAAAAUAUUUCUGUCUUAUUUAGAAUAUUCUUAGUAUGUCUUACAGUAAAGAUAAUGCUGAUAAUGAUUUCAUCUCUGUGAUUUAUUAACAUAUUUGUACUGUUUGCCAAAAUCACACAUCAUUCAUGUGUUUAUUCCUUUUCAAAAUGGUGUCAGAGAUAUGUAUGCAUUUUCCCAAAUGAAUCUAUUUCACUAUUAUUUACAUGGCUUAUUUCCUUAAUUUAUAAUGGUUUGAGCAACAGAAUAUGUAGAUAAUUUAAUGGUUUUUCACAAAUUUUAGGCUUGUUGAUUGUUCUCAAUAAGAAGGUAAAGUUAUUAAAACUGAUUUGGAAUCAAUUUGGCACCUGCUUCUGUGCCCCAAAAUGUGUGGCUAUGAGUAGAAGACUGGCUGGCAUGGAAAAGCGACCUGACCAACUUCCUCAACUGCAGAGCACUAACUUGCAGCACCAAGAAAUUCUGACUCAGGAGGUCUAGAAAACGGCUCUUUAAUCUUCACCUUUCAAAGACAUGCCUGCCGAUUGUAAUAUGUUUCCCAGUGUCCGCUAUUUGAGAAACCUAGUAGACGUUAGGUUUGGUAUAUGUGGUUUAUUUGAUCAGUUUUGUGCACCAACCAAAACUAUCUAGUUCCCAGAAUGAAUUCUCUGGUGUGAUCAUAUCUAUUUUGUUAAAUACGCAAACCUUUUUCAGAGCACUUUCAGGUUUAGCAAAGCUGAGUGGAAAGUAUCAAGUUUCUAUACCCUCUCCCCCACCCCACAUGCACAGCUUCUCCCAUCAUCAACAUCCUGCAUUUCAGUAGUGUAUUUGUUACAAUCAAUAACUAGAAUUGACACAUCUUUAUCAACCAAAGUUCAUGGGUUACAUGAGGGUUCAUACUUGGUGUUGCAGUUCUUUGGGUUUUGACAUGUAUAAUGACAUGUAUCCACCCAUUAUAGUGAUUUACAGAAUAGUUUCACUGCCCCAAAAACCCUCUGUGCUCUACUCUUUUAUCUCUCCCUACCAACCCCUGACAACCACUGCCUCUAUUGCUUUGCCUUUUCCAGAGUGUCAUAUAGUUGGAGUCAUGCUCCAAGUAGCCCUUUCAGAUUUGCUUCCUUCACUUAGUGAUAUGCACUUAAGUUUCCUCCAUCUCUUAUCAUGACUUGGUAGUUCAUUUAUUUUAAAUGGUGAAUAAUAUUCCAUUGUCUGAAUGUAUAACAGUUUAUCUGUUCAUCUGCUGAAGGACAUUUUUGUGGCUUCCAGGUUUUGACAAUUAUGAAUAAAAUUGCCCUAAACAUUUGUGUGCAGGGUUUUAAAAACAUUUCAAUUUGAAAUUCGGGGGUACAUGGGCAGUUCUGUUAUACAGGUAACUAGUGUCAUGGAGGGUUUGUUGUACAGAUUAUUUUAUCACCCAAGUAUUAAGCCUAUUAGUACCCAUUAGUUAUUUUAUCUGAACUUCUUCCUCCUCCCACCCUCUACCCUCCAGUUGGCCUUAGUUUCUGUUGCUCUCCUGUGUGUUUCCAUGUGUUCUUAUCAUUUAGCUCCCACUUAUAAGUGGGAACAUGCAAUAUCUAGUUUUCUGAUCGUGCGUCGCUUCUAGCUCCAUCCAUGUUCCUGCAAAGGACAUGAUCUUGUUCUUUUUUAUGGCUGCAUAGUAUUUCAUACGUACCGCAUUUUCUUUAUUCCGUCUUCCAUUGGUGGAAGAAUAGAAUAGAGUUCAUGUUUUUCUAUUGUGAGUAGUUCUGCAGUGAGCAUAUGUAUGUAUGUGUACUUAUAGAAGAACAAUUUAUAUUCCUUUGAAUAUAUAUAUCCAGUAAUGGGAUUGCUGGGUCAAAUGGUAGUUCUGUUUUUAGCUCUUUGAGAAUUUGCCACACUGCUUUCCACAAUGAUUAAACUAAUUUACACUCCCACCAACAGUGUAUAAGCAUCCCUCUUCUUCGCAGCCUUUCCAGUGUCUGUUACUUUUUGACUUUUUAAUAAUAGCCAUCCUGACUGGUGUGAGACAGCAUUGCUGUGGUUAUGAUUUACAUUUCAAUUUUUAAAUCCUUUGAGUAAAUACCAAGGAGGAUGAUAGCUGGAUUGUAUGGUAAGAGUAUGGUGUGUUUGGUAAGAAAUUGUCAAAUUUUCUUCCAAAGUACCUGUACCAUUUUGCAUUUUCACCAGCAAUAAAUGAGACUUUUUGUUAUUUCACAUCCUAGCCAGAAUUUAGUGAUGUCAAUGUUGUGGAAUUUUCCCAUUCUAACAGGUGCAUAGUGGUAUCUCAUUUUUUUAAUUUGGAAUUCCCUAAUGACAUACUGUUUUGUAUCAUUUCAUAUAGUUAUUUGUAACCCAUGUAUUCUGUUUGGUGAGGUGUCUGUUCAGAUCUGCUCGUUGUCUAAUUGGGUUGUUCAUUUUCUUGUUGAAUUUUAAGAGCUCUCUGUAUAGUUUUGAUAACAAUCCUUUAUCAAAUAUGUCUUUUUUAGAUUACAUGUAGUCUUUUUUUUCUUUCUUAAAUUUUAGAUUCAAGGGAUACAUGUGCAUGUUUGUUACAUGGGUAUUAGCCCAACAUGCUAAAUAAGUAUCUACAUUUUAACAAGAUCUUCAGGGAAUCAGUACGCGCUUUGAUGUUUGUGAAUCUUGUGUUCCACUUAACCUUAUGAACCCAUCUUUCUCCACCCAAAGUCAGGUGUGGUAGGACUCCAAGUCACAUUUAUAGGACACACUAAUUUAGAAAGUUCUUUUUUAGGCAGAAACAAGAAAGGCCAGAAAGAGUAAAAAUGACACAUGAGAGAGCAUAGUGCUAUUUUAUAGAAGUUUUGCUAAACUCGAGAACAUGAGAACUGAAUGUCUUAUCCUAGUAAUCAACUAGCAGUUUCAAAAAUAAAUUCUGAGGGUUAGUCUUUAAAAUUAGGCCCCCAAAAUAAGAAUAAAAAUGAAAAAUAUAAAAUCAGGCCCUUAUUUUUAAGUUGGUCAGGGUAAACAUGCCAUGGCAAUUGUUUAUCUGUGCACAAUUUAUAACCACCUAUUAGCACCUACCGGUUUGCUAGAUUCUGAGGUGAUAUGGUUGAGAAAGAGUUCAUUCCUGCCUGACACUGCUUGUGGUAUAGAUGAAGAAGCAGAAGGUAAACAAAAAAUUAAAAUCCCAUUAUUGUGGAGACAGGUGCAAAAUAUUGUGAAAACACCAUCAAAUUUUAACUUUCCUGAGUAUCAGAACUAUGUGUUGUUCACUGGAGUAGUGUUCAUGUUCCUGAGACUGAGAGUUUUUGAGGGAACCCUAAAUAAUCACAUCCCUCUGGCUCUACAGAUUCUCAUCCAAUUGACAAAUAGAGGAGUCAGAUUGGGGUUAAUAUCAAUAGUAUAGAUGGAUUGACAAGCACAGCUUGGGCCCAAAACUAAAAUGUGUUUCCUACCCAUUCCUCCACCCAAUCUUGCUUGACUUGGGGACCCCUUUAUAGGAGAUUUAGGUCUACAGAAAGAUACUUACCCAGUCAUGUGGGGAAUGUCAGCCUGCUUCAAGUUUCCUUGAUUGCAGAUGAGAAUCAGAAACAUAACUACAACCUCCUUGCCUUUGAUGCAAGAAGUUCUUUCAGAGGUUAAUGUGGUAAAAAGGGUGAGAAGUUCUGCCCAUCGCACCAGUAUGUUAAAUCAAUCCUCUUCCUAUAAGGAGAAGACUGCAAGAGGGCAGAUCAGAGGAGGACCCUAUAUCAUAGCUAAGGUGAGCAUGAGGAAAGCCAAACAAUGACUUUUUCCUAGUUCGGGAAAAAGGUAAGUAAUCACUGAAUGUUAAAUUACUGAACUGAAUGAAUUAAAAACAAGAAGCAACUACUUCUUUCACGGAAGUCAAAUAAUGUCAUUUGUGUCUUCUCUUAGAGUGAGAAAAAGAGAAGGAGAGAGUUUUAAUUGCAGAAAAGAGCCAUUCAAAACAGCAUGGCACGUUCUGAGAUUGGCCAGGCACCCAGUGGCUGUAGAUUAGGUUACAGGGAGGGAAUUACAAAAUGUAAGACCAAUUUUAGUUGUAAUUGACACUUAAAUAGAAUGUAGGUAGCCAAAGUUCUUUCCUGUACAUUAUACAAAACACUGUGAAAGAUCUAUUGGCAACAAUUUUCUCUUUAAGCUGCUUGGCUGUCACAGAUGUGCAUAAUUGAUGUGCUAUUAGUCAUAAAAUUUAUUUUUAUUUAAACAAUGUUAUUACAGCUUAUCCAAAUCUUAAAAAAGGUUUAAUAAUUGAUAAAUGAUUUUAGCUGGGGUUAAAUACAAGGAAGAACAGUACUGAGUAGAAUUUUAGCAAAUCCUAUGAGGUCAUAACCACAUAGAGGUUAGAAACCUCAAACUUUCUUAUUUGCCAUUCACAAUCUUCCUUAAAAUAAUUAAAAAUAUUAGCUCCAAACUUGGUAAUGACAGAUUGUAUUGUUCUUUAAACUUUUGGAAAUGUGUCUUUGCUUUGAAUAAUAUGCUAUAAUGUGAAUGGAAAACAUAUGAUCCCUAUGUUUAUUUGAAUAACAUUGGUGUUUAUUAUGCAUCUUUUCAAAAAAAAGUUAAAAGUGAAAAACAAGUAGUAGUUUUGCCAAUCUCUUCCAAGGAAGUAUUCCAACUAACAGUGGAGCUAGCCCAGAGGUUGACUAACUGCUAUGUGAAAUUGAGACCUAUGCUUUAGGGCUUUCUCUGGCUCAUAAUCGUAUAUUAUUAAGCACUCCACAAUAUUUUACCUCAUAAUUCUUGAUGAUCCCUUGACAAUAAUAAAAUGUUUAUAAUAAUUGA